AUGCUUUCUUCUCGAAAAGUUUUAAAUUUGUUCAAGAAGGACCUCUUCGCAAAUGUUCGAAAUGCAUCUUCUAAAAAAGGACUGAGGAAACCAAAAAGAGCUAUUGCCCUGCCACCACAAUAUCUCACUCAAUUGAAAUUGUGGCCCGAACUUCUACAAGAAGAAAUAAACUAUGCGGAUCAAAAGAUAGCAGAGAAACUGGAUGAGUCUACGAAAGGGAUGGAACAGCUAGGAGAAAGAGGCCUCAUGCUAUCCUUCUUGAAAUAUAGUCAUAUUAACAAUUGUCCAGUUAAAGGAAAAAUAACAGUGUUUCAACACCAGGAGAAGUCUUAUACACUGCCCAAAUUCCGAAUAGGAACUCCGGUGAUGUUAUGCCCACUCGGAAAGAGUGAGAAAGUGGCCGAAGGCAUCAUGAUGACUUUGAACUCUCAAGAACUGCAAGUAAAAUUCACCAAAAAGUUUGCGGACUUCCAACCUCAUGCAAAAUAUUGUUUAUUUCCUUCGAAUCAUACUGGAAGCUCACAUUCACUGAAGAAUUAUAUCAAAAAUGAUUUUUCAGAAAGUUUUCAUAAAUCAGACUUGUUCUUGUACUCUUGCCGUGGUUUACCAAUGCCUUCAAUACAUAAUGACAAGGUUCACCCAAACAUAGAUACAACUCUGGAUCAAAGUCAGAGACGAGCUGUCGCUGCUGCUUUAAACAAUAAAAGACCAUUCGUUUGUAUAAGAGGUCCUCCUGGAACAGGUAAAACUCGAGUGAUUGCAGAAAUAGUUAGGUUAUUAACUCAGAAGCGACAGAAAGUCUUAGUUUGCGCUCCAACUCAUGUUGCUGUGCAAAAUGCCAUUGAUAAAACCAUGAGUGUUAUGAACAUUGAUGAAACGGAAGAGGAUGAGGCAGUUGAACGUAUCGAAGAAAUAACCAACGCGUUGUCCCAUCAUGAUGAGUACUUUGAAUUGGAAAACAUUAUGGAAGAAAUAGUGGAAGCAAAGAAACAGGGUUACAGCGACGUCUAUCAGCAGCUACAGAAAAAAGCAGCGAGACUCAAGCGGAAAAUUUUAUCAGAGCUACAUACGAAGAGAGAUGUUAUUUUUUCCACGAUCGGCUCUUCAGCUAUUUAUAUGUUAGAGAACUAUACAUGGCAUCCAGAUGUAGUGAUCAUAGAUGAGGCAGGUCAAUGUACUGAACCGUCGGUCUUGCCUGCUAUCUCGAGAGCUCGUAGAUGUGUUUUAGUCGGAGAUGAAAUGCAACUUCCUCCCGUUGUUCUUUCACCAAAAGCGAAGGAUGCAAAACUGCAUGUGUCACUGCUCGAGAGAUUAGUUAAUGAAUUUCCAAAUAAUAACAUUGUUUUUCAACUGAAUGUGCAAUACCGAAUGAACAAAGAAAUAAUGAGAUGGUCCUCGAAUCAGUUUUAUAAUUCGACCCUGGUAGCAGCUGAAAAUGUUUCUGAGAUUAGUGUCAAAGAUAUAUCCAAUAUAUCAGAGGAUCAUCCAGCUAUCAAACCUUUUCUACUGAUAAAUACAGAUUCAUUCAGAGAGCCUAAAUACAAUGAGAGAAGAGCAUUCGAUUCAUAUGAGAACUCAGGCGAAGCUGGCUUGGUAACCAUGUACGUUAAAUUUCUUCUAAAUCAAGGGAUAGAUUCCAGCAGGAUUGGAGUAAUCACGCCGUAUUUUGGCCAAGCACGAGUGAUUAAACGUAUGUUAGACUUAUCAGAAAACCUAUUAGUUUCCUCCGUGGAUGCUUUUCAAGGUAAUGAGAAGGAUGUAAUAAUAUUUAGUUUGGUGAGAAAUAAUAGGAAGAAUCAGAUUGGAUUCUUGAGAGAUUACCGGAGAUUAAAUGUCGCUAUCACACGAGCCAAACGGCAAUUUGUACUCAUUGGAAGCGCUGAGAUGUUGCAAAGCGACAAAAUGAUGAAAUCUCUAUUUCAGGAUUUCAAACAACAUGGAGAAAUCUUGGGUUCAACGUUCGUGAACAACUACUUAUAG